AUGAAAAAUUCUGAACAGAAAGCUUAUCUAUCCGACUUGAAGUGUUCAACUUACUUGACUUCGUUAACAAAAUCUCUGUCUGCAACAUUCCGGGUAUUCCCUGAACUGAAAGACACAUUAUUUUCCAAUAAAUUAUCCUCGUUUGAAAAUCGCGGGUAAAAAGUCACAGACGAAAGUUUAACGCAUCCCCUUUCACGCAUCAUUGCCCAAACUAAAAAAUCCCACCAACGAGAUAGAUAAUCGGAUACGAUGAUACGAUCGUCUAAACCUCGUUCUCGUCUGGAUGAUUGUUGCAGAGGUGGGAGCAGCUAGUCGUCUCGAAGCUGAAAUGGGAAUUGUCGGCUGUAACGCCCGGUGACUUCCUGAUGCACAUCCUCAACAGACUGCCGGUGCCACGUACCUGGGACCCGGUGAUGGUCAGGAGGCACGCGCAAACCUUCAUCGCCCUGAGCGCCAGAGAACACAAAUUCUCGAUGUACACGCCGAGCAUGAUCGCGGCGGCGAGCGUCGCGGCGGCCCUCCACGGUCUCGAUUGGACAGGGAAAAGCGGUUACGGGCUGGCCGGCCUCCUCGACGAGCUAACUCGCAUCACGGCUAUCGAACAGGAUUACUUGCAAGGUUGCUUAGAGCAGAUCGAAGAGAUGGUGUCUCAGGCAGUGAAAGCCGACAGUAUCGGCGGGAAUAGCCGCCAGGUGACCGGGUCAUCGUUCCCGGGCGUGUCGCAGAGGCCUCUGGGGGACGAGAUCACCAGCCAGGAGAAGAUCCUGGAACACGAGAAGGCGGGCACGCCGACCGACGUGAGGGACGUCCAUUUUUGA